AUGCUGAAUGAGGUGGUCUCUUGUCAUGUGCUUUCAGCCAUCGCGGAGCUCUUCGAGCACUACGCGGGCAAGGGCGAGAUGCAGAAAACAGCCUGCCGUCCCCCCCUCCCCGGCGACGACAGCCCGACUGAGCUGUGCAGCCAGACGCCUGUCAAUAUGGGGCCAUCUGAACCACCAAAAAGUAGCCGAAGACUUGUGCUGCUACCCCUAUCGCGUCUUUCUUCAAGACGAUAUAGCAAAACCUCGCGCUUUAGGUACGUUUCAGUGGAUGAUUAUCUCUCAUGUGGCCUUGCCCGCACUACCCUUUUUCCGACGGACACUAUCUCCCCAUAUCUCCCACGCCUUACAGUUCUUUCCUCACGUCAGUCCUCUCUCUCUCUCUCUCUCUCUCUCUCUCUCUCUCUCUCUCACUCCAUCCCUGCUUUCAGCAUAUUUGCCGCCAUGACUUCAUAUGCGGAACCGUCGUUAUCAGGCACCCAAUAGUGACUCGAAUGCUGGAAAGAAGCGCUGGCGCUUGGACUCCACAUCUGUGCACCUAAAAAUAAAUUUUCAUUACCAUUCACGGGCCUCCUCGGCAGCACUUUAGCCAUGUCGAUAUUAAAGAACCCGUAGUACGUAGUCCGUUCUCUCCCGUUUGCGCUUCAUGAGUUUUUCUACACACUGGUAGCAUGACAAUCGUAUUUAAUUGUGUGCGUAUAUACGCAGACUUUGCGAACAGGACUGAAACCAACAUUUUAGGCUCGUUUUCGAUGAAGAAUUUCUGACAGAGGUCACUGUAAUGCUAACUUUCAUUUCAGUCCUUAAUUAACAAGAAAACAUUCGAAGCAUCAAAUACCAUUCGGAGCCGGAAGAACGUGUGUGCUACCCCUUCUGUUCGCUUCUUCUUGUUCGGUUGUCUAUGAGAUUUAGACAGCACUUUCAUGGCAAAAUCCGGCUAUCUCGGAUGCUUUUUCAAAAUCAGGCGCCUUGAAAUUUUUUUCCUUGUAAAUAAUCAGUUUUUUUGCUGUGUCACGUAAGCCAAUUUCUUCAGAGUGGUAAUUACAGUCUGUGAGAGAAUUUCAGAGCGCAUGCAAUGGCGUUAAACCAUGUUUCCUUUGUUCAGGUGCCCAGUCUGUAAGUUCCGACGGUUUGCCCGAGUUGGCCUUCUGCGUGCCCACCUCUUGAGCGACCACCUCCACAGCCGGAACGCUAAUGUCUGCACGAAACUCAGCCGUCCGUAAGUUGACAGUGACUAACAUGUCAAAAAUGUCCGUUCCUCGAUUUAGUUCCUUCAUUCUGGCUGCGUCUGUCUCCGUGAGAUAGUGGUCGCAGACGGUAGUCGUACUCAGGCUUCCGGUGCUUAUGGAUUUCGUCGUACCAACUCUGAUGGUAUAAACGCUGCUUCGUCUCAUGCGUUUGUCGAGUGUACUUUCAGAGAGGAGGGAAACUACUUUCUGGCUCCGUGUUCCCCUGCCCAGCGCAUCAGUUUUUCAGCCGACUCAGUUUCCCCUUUAGAUCUGCUCCAUCGCUGCCUAGAAUCAGCUGCAUUUAUACCCAAUUCCUUCAGUAGACUCCCGAGAGUCCCUGCUGGGUGUGCCGUAGUAUUGUGACUUCUAGGGCCGGGCCCGGUGGCCGAUUAUUGCGAUUUCAAUCCUAAUGUGGUCAUUUAUAAGUACCGUACUAUUACUACGUAGUUCGCAAACUAAGAAAGUAAAAUAGCAAGGCGAGCCCUAAGAAUUAUGCGGGCUUAUGUACGUGAAAAGAUGUCUUAUGUGGUUUCUAAUCAUAUUGGGUUCCCCAGAACUGCACUACUGCAAACCAUGGCCUGCUUUCAGCCGACAGUUAGUCACAAAAAGAAAACAGAAGACCAAGAUCAGAGCGUAAACAUGAAAUGGUAAAUGCGACUUGGUUGAACCCGGCCAGAAAUCCAUUCAUGCACGGCGAGCUCAGCGUCUCCGUCGUCAUUAUCAGGAAUCUCAUAAAGUAACACCUACCGGUGCCGUCUUCAGUUCGGGUUUUACCAAUGUGCCAAUGUAUGCGUGUCCCGAAAAAUGUGAACGUAACAAACAUUGUUACUGAAAUAGUUUAAGUAAUAUGAAUAUAGACACUAGGUCAACCGAAACACACUAAACCACAUGUUGCUGAAACACGCAAGUAUGUUUGAUAACAUGUAACUUUCGGAGAGGGUAAUACAAGGGGAGGAAUGUGUUACUUUAUGAUUUUAUAGUGGUGCGUAUGAUUGUAUUUGUCAAGCUUCCUCUUAAAAGAGUCCACGCCCACAUUCCAUGCCUUAGUCACUUUCGGGAAGAAGAGCCUCCUUGCGUCCAGUCUCAUCCCAGUCUCACGUAAUUUGGAGGGUUGUCCCCUCAAGCUAUUGGUAGUGGCCAACUCAAAGAAUUCGCCAGAUGUGAGGCAAUAAUCCUGACUCCUCAGCAUGCGAAGGGCCUGUAUUAGGUCGCCGCGCAGCUGCCUCCAGUCCGAAAGAGGUCAAGAUUGAACUGUCGUGUUUCAUAAGGCAGAUAUCGUCGGCCUCGAACAAGCUUAGUUGCCCGUCGUUGGACCUUUAAGGGUGCUGCUGCCUUUGAUGUUCCGGGCUCUCCAGGCCUGAAUGGUAAAUUCUAGUUGUGGCCGAAGACCCUACCAAAUCACACUUCGUCGAACUUCACAGAAGCCCGCUUGACAUUGUGGAUUUAUCUACUUUCAAGCAGUGCAAUGAUAACUUCAGCGACUUCAUGAUCCACACUCCUAGAUCCUUCUGGGCCUCUACCUCUGAUAGCGGUGUGUGAUUCAGAUACUACACCCUUCGGUGCGCAGCGCUGAAUCUGCUGAUUCGAAGAGUCACUCAAAUGAAUUCCUGUAAGGGCACCCUGUUGGCACGUCGGGCCACCCUUCGGCGACAAAGCGCCGAUCACCGAGAAAUGCUUUCAUGCCCCAUCACAGUUGUGUCACUGACAGGUCCAGUCGGCAUGAUUUCGCAGGCGCUCUGAAUGAUCAGUUCAAUAGCUCACUUGUGCGCUGCGAACCGAUGUCACCUACGCUUGCAGUUAUGCAUAUUUGCGGUGCUGUUAUCCACGCCGCGGUUGUUGUGGUUGGCGCCCUCGCCCGGGACGCUCAAGCUAUCAGGGAAAGAGGCCGUUACAGUGAAAUUCUGGAAACUUCGAGGAAGAAGAUUCGCAAACAUUUGCUAACAUGAACAAUUCGAGUGACUUCAUUCGUCAGCCAGCUAACCAGUCGGACCUUGGGCCAUUAUGGGUGUGUCUGCCGACCUUCCGAGUGUUGUCUGGCAUGCCUCAUGCGUGGUCUUGUCGUGGUGGGGAUUCGAAAUGCGGAGAUGAGAACACGGGAAACAUGUGCAAAAUGAGUCCUUAGUCACUACGGAGUUGGAAGCCAUUCCGUCAACAAUGUGAGGCUUGUUGGUUUCGCAUGCUUAGCCGCUUGAUCACUGCAAUUGCCCGCUUCCAACAUAUAGUCGAAUGAUGGCCGCAGUGACUCAAUAGUAGGGCGUUGGACUUGAAAAUGCCCAGUGGCCAGAGAAUCUGACUACGAAUCCCAGGUCAACCGGACCUGGGGUUGGGUAUGGCUCGUCGCCAGAGUUUGUCAUCCUUCAUUCCCUUGUGUUUUUCGGUGCUCCUUUAUGUACAUAUGAAUAUCGGUUAUGCGACUACCCGCGAGGACUAAAACUUGGGCCCCAAAGCGCAACGGGCGAGCACGCCCCUUAAGCUGAUCGGUGAACACCCUGCCUACGAUGGCAGUCAGGGUAAUAUAAACUGUAUACUUGUUCGAGCAUGCUGAUCCCAGCGCGCUUCAUGGCGUUAACACUACCAGAUGCGAGGGCGGUGGUUCAGACUACCUGUUGUUGGAAAAGGACGGUCUGAGGUUGGAUGAUAUUUACUGCCUCAACCAUCUCGUCACUGACAGCGCCUUCCUUCUGUCCGUUGCUGUGGCUGCCAACAACCGACGGCGGCGUUCGAUUCAGUUCAUCGUGAGUCCCUGUGGCGGAUAAUGGAGCUAGGUGGUAUGCCGACAAAAAUGCCACCAUCAAGGCCUACAAUUGUUCAACCUUUGCGCGAAUUCUGGUCCAUAUCCAAAUGUCCGAACCGUUCAAUAUUCGAUUGGGCCUCUGGCAUGGUUGUAUUAUGUCGUUCAUUUUGUUCAGCUUCGCCAUUGUGUGGAUUUUCGAAGGGUCAAGCUGGUUCUAUCACCUCGAGAAUACGAAACCAAGUAAUAGCAAAGUCCUAUGAAUAUUCACGGCUCCCCCCUUCAUCGGGGAUCGUUGGACUUGAUGUGAUGGCCGAUAUUCGCGUCGUUAAUUGAUGCAAUUACAUCACGUGUGUUGGAUGUUGGUGUGAUGAGUGCUCGACCAUCUGACCCACCGACCCUGGGAUUGGGAAAAGUGUUCACCUGUGCGCUCUCCGCGUGGCCAAUUACUCCACCCAGGCGAAGUCUCAGCAUUGAGUAUGGAAGGGGAAGGUCAUUACACUUGUUAAUGGACUGGGGGUCAGUAAAACAUGAGUCAAGCAGCUCCCGGCUCACGCGGCUGUCGCCUCUAGGGAGAAUUCCGGCCUCCUCGAAUUUGAAUUUGUGGCCGGAUCUCGUCGAAUGAGCCGCAACUUGAGAGCUGGCGUCAUCGCAGCGCUGCAGCGUGCUCGAUUAUUAGCGUCCGGAGCAUUCCUCUGGUUUCUCCGAAGUAGUUGCUUUGUCCGCGACUGCACCAGAUCCGAUAAACGACUCCAGACGUUUUUUGCCGUGGCAGCGGGUCUUUGGGUUUCAUUACCUGACGCCUGAUGGUUGCCUCCGGUCUGUGUGCAACUCCAACCCCAAGUGGUGCGAGAAGGCGUCCGACAGCUUCCGAAAAGUUCUUGACAUACGGAAGCGCUCGCCAAAAUUUGGUAUCCGUACGGUUAGGCCUUUCAUCCCUUUUGCGUAUGCACCGGUUGACAAAGUUGCGCGGGUAGCCAUUGACUUUGAAGACCCGUCGGAAGUAUUGUAGUUCGGCAAUUUUGUCUUCCGGCUCACUGCAGUUCGUUUCGACACGCCGGUAGGGCGUCCUUACACAACUGCGUUUGUGACUGAUUAGGUGGUUGUUGUUGAAGUUCCGUACUUGCAUCGUAUUUUUCGCUUUCCUGAAUACUUUGGUUUUUAGUCCACCACAAUGUUUGGGGCAUACGAGGAUAUUCAGGAAGGCCCGGGUGCCAACUGACUGACCUGGUGAUGUUGUCUUACUAGCCUCAAGCUUUAGUGAUCUGCAGUCUGUGGUCAUGGGUCAAUGAAGCCACNCUGUUUUUGAGUUGCAUUCCUGACCAGGAAGAGGUAACCCUCGGAAUUAAUGGUUGUCAACUUGAAGAAGCACAGUUUUAAGUACCGCGUCGCAGCUGCCGCAUAGACCGAGUAAGUACGACUUUUUCUUCCGAAUCGGUGGUCCCCGCAGGGCUUUCACAAUCCUUAGAAAGUGUCUAUCGACCCUACGCGACUGUUAGAGGUAUAAGGAAUGUUAACAGAGGUCCUCAAGACUUCUGUCACCAUGAACUAAACACGUUGAGCUAGUCCUUGUGCACAUGCGAAGUUUCGCGCGCAAGAGCUGGGGAAAAUUUUAAGGCAAACGGAGGCGCGUUUUUGGAUAGAAUUGUUGUAUUUGUGCUGUUCGUAAGCCUUGUGUAAAUUUAUCUUCUCAACGUUAGUCGAGGAUUGAACAAGAAUUCAGAAUUCUGCUUUAUGGGCAUAAUUGUGCUUUAUUCUUUUCGCCGUACUCUGUUUCUUUAUUAUAAGCUUUUUUUAGUGUUGACUUUCCAAAACCUACCCACCCUAUUGAAGAAUUGUAGUCUGUUGCGCAUUCCAGGACCAGAUAAAGUGAAGCUGUUUUGCUGUUCUUGUCAGGGCUACCUUGCCUGCGGACGGGGAAUCAGUUUGUGUCCCUCAUGAAGAUCCUCCACCAACCCCUGGUUCCCCCACGGUUGCCGAGGAUCCCUCCUCGGCCGGAAACGAGGCUGCCACUUUGACGUCUACGUUGCAGUCGCAUGACGUUGAACGCAGUGCCACACAGAUUGAAUUCCUGGUGGGCGGCUAUCGCCAGAAGUCUGCUGUCUCCGUCACUUCCAAUGCUGGCUCGGGCGGUCGGAGGCGCUCCUUCCAGUGUGUCAUAUGCAACAGAACAUUCAAGAAGCGCAAGUUCUUUGAGGACCACGAGCAGCUCUGUCGGCAGGUGGGUUACUCAUGCAUGUAUGAUCAUGAAACUUAAAAGCUACCUCCCCACCUGGGAGAAGGUCAUUGUGGCGAGCUUUGCUACUUCCUACCGAUUUCUGAGGGCUGAACGGCUGAACCGUAAUCUAACAACGACACAGAACUGUCCAAAUUUGACCCCGGAAGGCAGAACCUGUCUAGUAACCUCGUUACAGGCUCCUCGGGGCAUCUGCUCUAUAUAAUGCAACCAAAAAAUUUAAGUUACCCCCAAUACUGGCAGGGUUCAUUCUGAUGACUCUUUUUGCUUAAGGGUGUCUUUUUUGAUCGUAGAAACAAGUCGAACGGGAGAGGAGACAACGCUGGCGAGACAAUCGGAAGUCCGCAAACCGAGAUAAUCUCGACUGGGAAGCACCUAAGCGCGCCCUUGCUCCAUUCAGCCCCGACAACACUGUCGCAUCAGGACCGCAGCCCAGUGGUGUGGUGGAUCCCUCACCUUCUUCCUCCUCCGUGCAUCCCCUCACCUCCCUCCCAGACGUUCCUCGUCGUUCUGCACGUUCCAGGACCCGUAAAUAGGAUUUCCGAGAAACCAGUGACCAUGUCGCCAAGUCUCAUCAAUCGCGGACGAUCCCCUCCAUUAUCGUGGUGUGAUCUCUUGUCUCGCAAAACAGGCAGCUUCUUCUCGGCCCUACUCACCGGUUAGGGCCCUCAUAGUUCUAUUUUUUAUGCACAUAUUCACUUGCAUACGUUUACUAGCUUUUAAAUGCAAGGCUUCAGUUAUUUUAUGCCUUAUCAUCUCAAUAAAUUUGUUAUUCUCUGUUGUUUCUUCUGUUAUUGCUGCAUACUUCGGUGUUCCAUUUGUCUGCGCGCUUGAACCACUUUUUCGCACACAUAGUUUUUUCCUGGGCUCUAAUCUGUUUCCAACCAGCGCCUAAUUCGCGUCGCAUCCUCAAACCGCACUUAGUUCUUACGUUUUUACGGCGGUGCCGGUAAAUACAUUAGCAAUGACAGCUGUAGGACUGUUGUGCAAGUAUUAGUGAUAAUUAGUGUUAUUCUUCUUCGUGGUGGUGGUAGUAGUAGUAGUAGUAGUAGUAGUAGUAGUAGUGGUAGUAGUAGUAGUAGUAGUAGUAGUAGUAGUAGUAGUAGUAGUAGCAGCAGCAGCAGCAGCAGUAAUAACAAAUAAAUAAUAGUAGCCAUAGUAGUAGUACCAUUAGUGUUAGUAUUGGUAGUAGUAGUAGUAGUAGUAGUAGUAGUAGUAGUAGUAGUAGUAGUAGUAGUAGUAGUAGUAGUAGUAGUAUUCUAGCUAAUGUUUGCAUUUGGCUCGCGAUCCCUAAAGCCUCUUUUUGGUUACUAACUAAUGCAGUUUACCAUUUUUGAAGGAAAACGUUUUUUCGUCAUCAACAUCGUGCCUGCUGGACCUGAUCUACUACUGAAAUCAUUCUUCUAAAUUGCCUUUGUUUUAGGACUCAAAGGUAUCAGAUCCGACAAAGAAGGAGCAGGCUGAGGAUACACCGGACAUGCCAGCUCCACUUGUUUCAGUCUGGACCGGUCCUGCACUAAAGUUCGAGCUUGUAGCCGAAUGCAGCACGUCACUGGCUCGACAUUGCCGCAUUUUCUUCCCUGGUCACUGUCCCAAUGGUCCGGUGGAGACCCCGGUCUACAUGCCAGUGGGCACCCAGGGCACCAUCAAGGGGGUCACAGUGGCCCAACUUGAGGCCAUGGACUGUCGUAUACUGUUGGGCAAUGCCUACCACCUAGGCCAUCGUCCCGGUCCAGAAAUCCUCACCCGGGCGGGUGGUCUUCACACCUUCAUGUCCUGGCCACGCGGUAUCCUCACUGACUCAGGCGGCUUCCAGAUGGUCUCUCUCUCAAAACUCUCUUCAACAGAUGAACAUGGCACCAGCUUCUGCUCUCCGCACGACGGAUCCCAAAUGCUUCUGACACCGGAGGAGUCAGUGGGUCGAAUUCAGGCCUCCAUAGGAUCGGAUAUUGUUAUGCAGUUGGAUCACGUACUUCACGUCACGACCACGGGUGAAGCCAUCACGGACGCGACUCGAAGGUCUGUCCGAUGGCUCGAUCGAUGCAUUAAAGCCCAUGAACCGCAGUUAAGUCGGCAGAACCUGUUCGCCAUAACACAAGGCGCUCUGGAUUCGGAGCUGCGAAAGGAGUGCAUUGGCGAAAUGAUGAAGCGGAAAGAUCAGGUCUGUUUUUUCUUUCACUCGACAGAAUCGCCUUUACACCUCUCUCCUGUCCAAACAAUUCGGCAAUCCUACACCUUGAUUGAACCACUUUGAUAACUUCCAUUUCGGAGGAGUCAUGGUAACCGACUUUGUGAUAGCGAGAGCUUGUAGUACAAACAGGCUCGGCCCACUGACCGGACAAGCAGCCUUUCAACAGUAUUGUCGUGGCUAGGAUGCCAGUUGGAUGGGUUGGGCUGUCUGAGUCCUGUUCUCGACUGUCAUUGUAGCUUUGUGGCUAUUUUUUUAGAAUUCGACCGCACCUACUUUCAGAUUGUGUAAGUUGCCACGUAUCCUGGUUUUUCCUAUGAAAUUUUGCGCCCAGGGACUUUUGUUCGUCCUUCUUCUGUCAUCGAAGGCUCUAACUGUGCGACGAAGCGAAUUUAGAUGGUGUAUAUGCCAAUAGCGACCACUGGGCAUUUGCAUGAAUAACCGUAAUUGAUUGGCUAGUGCGUGACAGCAGUCAUCUUGAUCCCCUACCGUCCCAAGGUGGCGAGAUCACUUGACGAACGACUGGCAAUUGAAUGAUCCCAACGAGCCUGGUCGCUUUUUGUGGCCUGCGGGCUUCUAGAACACAUGCCUACCGGCAUUUGACGUAUUGAAAUAAUCAAGCCACUAAGAGGAUAAUCCCGAUUCUUGUAAUUCCGCCUUUAGCCACUUAAUGUGUUAUUUGAAACUGUGUGGUAAGCUCCCACCUUCCUCUUCUUUCAACAGAUUCAGGGCUUCGCGAUUGGCGGCCUCAGCGGCGGCGAAGCCAAAACGGACUUCUGCCGCAUCGUGGAUUUGUCCACACGCCUGCUGCCUCGCGACCGGCCUCGCUACCUGAUGGGCGUCGGCUUCCCGGUUGAUAUGGUUGUCUGUGCAGCUCUGGGCUGUGACAUGUUCGACUG